UCUUAGGCCAAAAAAAAAACGAAUAGACGAUUAUCCUAAUUUUAAUUUUAUAAACCCCAAAAUUAAUAUGUCAGCCGCCUUACUAGCUCCGCAUUCUACUCCCAGCAAAAGCUAUGUCUCUACUCUCACUGUUCAUAUUCUUCCUUUUCGUGGGUGUCGUUCCUUCGAUAGCCGGAAAGUAUCACGUCAUCCAUUUCCUGUCCCCUAAUCUCUAUCCAGAGGGCCUUGCCUACGACCCAUCGGCCCAACACUUCAUCGUUGGCUCCCUUCGCAACCGCAGUAUCCACGCCGUAUCCGAUGCGGGCGUCGUCGAAACCCUGAUCUCCGAUCUGUCCCUCCCUCCAAACGCCAGCUUUUUGGGCCUGGCAGUAGAUUCUGUCAAUAACCGCCUUCUCGCGACGAUCCACUCUUUUGCCCCACUCCCUCCCUACAACGCCCUCGCCGCUUACGACCUCCGGACCCGCCAACGCCUCUUUCUCUCCCUCCUACCCGACGGUGACGUCACCGCAACCGAUCGUGCCGUCGCCAAUGCCGUGACAGUCGACUUUAAGGGAAACGCAUACGUCACCAAUUCGCUGGGCAACUCUGAAGGAAACUUCAUUUGGAAAGUCAACGCUCAAGGAGAGGCGUCCAUUUUUUCCAGAUCUCCAAUUUUCAAUCAUCAUCCCGUCGACCGAAACGCACCGUACAGCUACUGCGGCCUCAACGGAAUUGCUUACGUCAGCAAGGGGUAUCUACUGGUAGUGCAAUCCAACACAGGGAAAAUGUUCAAGGUGGACGUGGAGGACGGGACGGCAAGAACGGUGUUGCUGAACGAGGAUUUGGAUGUAGCCGACGGGAUUGCAAUACGAAGAGACGGUGUCGUUUUAGUUGUGACCCCAGUUAAGGCUAAGCUAUGGUUCUUGAAAAGCGACGAUAGUUGGGGAGAGGGAGUAAUUUAUGACAAAACUGACCUUGAUGCUGAGAGAUUCCCCACUUCAGUAACAGUGGGAAGAGAGGAUAGGGCAUACGUGAUAUACGGAAGAGCGAUUGAGGGUAUAAUGGGAAAUGAGGAGAGGGAGUGGUUUGAUAUAGAGGAAGUGAAGUCAGAAAGGGAGAGUAAAGAGGAUAACGUAUGGAUUUUCGUGUUGCUUGGAUUGGGUUUGGCUUAUUUCUUGUUCUGGAGGUUUCAGAUGAAGCAACUUGUGAAAAAUAUAGAUAAAAAAACCAAUUAAAUGUUGCCACGUAAUCUUUUUUAUAAAUUUUAGAAUGUACACUCUUUUAGAAACUCUUAAGGUUGUUCUUGCAAUUUUUACAUUUAUGUUUUAAGAAAUAUAUUUCACA